UAUGGAAAAUGGGAAAUAUGGAAAACACACCCGUGACAUCAACCCUUACCCAACCUCAAAACGAAAGCUACUGAUCAGAAAGUGAAAUUGACUGAUGGUGGCAGACAGAACGGCUCCGCAGCGACGCUGAUAAAAGAGUAUUCUGGAAGUGGCUGGUGUCGAGAACAGAGGGUACAUUGCGGAGCCAGAUGUGACUGGGGCAGUGCAGGUCCAUUUGUACUCCGAUUUCAGGAGAGUUGCAGAUCUCUACAGGACUUGAACAUCUCCCUUUAAUCCUCCAUCACGAUGCCUGUGGACUUCUCUGGCUGGGAGGUGGUCGAUGACGGCGCUUCCUUUACUGGUGUGCUGCUGAAAACCUCUCAGAAGCCUCAGGACCAGGGCGUUUACACUAUGUACCACGGGACCAGCGUUGCCAGUGCACGGCUCAUCAUUGCCCAUGGUUUCAAACAGUCGACUGGUGGCAUGCUGGGAAAGGGCGUGUAUGUCAGUCGCAGUAUGUUGAAGGCAUCCAGUUAUCCUAAGGGAAGUUCCCAUGCAGACCGUGUGGUCCUUGAGGUCCUGGCGCGGGUCGGCCAUGUCAAGCGCAUAGACAAGGACAAUCACCCUCUGCAGCUCACCUGGAGCUCACAGGGCUACGACACCGCCUGGGUGCCCCCUAACUGCAACAUGAAGUCUGUGCCCAGCGGAUUAGAGGAGGAUUGUGUGUUCGACCCCAAUAGGGUGAAGGUGGUGUGCAUCGCAGAGGCCCCGAACGCCACCAUCAAGAAGGAGCUUCAACAGCUUGUGGCGAGGAGCUCCACACGCGUAGGUGGUGGCAGUGCUCCAGACAGGUGCUCACUGUGUAAGAGGACGACCCAGCAGGGAUCCCAGCACAUCGAGCAGCAGUGCUGGAAGUGCGGGAAACAAAUCUGCAUUCUCAUGUCCAAGCAUUUCUGUCCAGUGAAGUAAAAGCAGAGGGCCCGGGGCGAGUUUUGGCAUGAGAACCACGGCACAGUUGUACUGACGGGAAACACAAUCACAUCAACACACAAUGAUGUACAAUCUUCACCCUUCAAGCACCUUUAGUCACCUCACAGCAUCACGUUACCCACCACUCGUACCAGUAACAUUGUCUUUCUUUAGUGGUCAGGUCACAGAUCCGCAAAAACAUGCAACAUCACCACGUACUGUGAUUCCUUUUCAUCAUAUACAUACAUAUAGACGUCCAGAUUUUUCAGAGUCUGUAUAUCUCUGCAUUAACAGUUAAUGGUAAACAUAUCUUUACUAUAAUAUGUAUUGCUGAUUUCUUCUGCACAGGUUUUAUACUCUCCGAUCAUCACGCAUAAUGAAUUUGUGCCUCAAGUUGAAAAACUGUUUGUAAAGCAGCAAUACUUUUUCUCUGUUUGCCAGUUGAUGUGAUAAUAAAAUAUGAUUUUGA